CUCAUUCAACCCCACCUCUUUUGUCUCCAUGCAUUCUAGUAUAUAUAGAUUUCCAUCACUUUUCUGUACUGCAUUCUCUUAAUUUCUCUCCUCCUUUCUUAUAAAUCUAAUCUUCACUGGUUUCUCUGCCUGCACUUUGUUGCAUAGUCCUUUACUCUGAGAUAAUUAAGGACAAAAAAAAAAAGAAACCAAAAAGAUGGAGGAAAUCACCAAUGUUUCGGAGUUUGAAGCCAUUGCAAAGCAAAAGUUGCCAAAGAUGGUGUUUGAUUACUAUGCUUCAGGUGCAGAGGACCAGUGGACUUUGCGUGAGAACAGAUAUGCUUUCUCCAGGAUUCUGUUUCGACCUCGGAUUCUGAUUGAUGUAAGCAAAAUUGACAUGACUACCACUGUCCUGGGCUUCAAAAUAUCCAUGCCAAUCAUGAUUGCCCCAACAGCCAUGCAGAAAAUGGCUCAUCCUGAAGGGGAGUAUGCUACUGCUAGAGCCGCAUCAGCAGCUGGAACAAUUAUGACUUUGUCUUCAUGGGCUACUUCAAGUGUUGAAGAGGUUGCUUCAACAGGACCUGGCAUCCGCUUUUUCCAGCUUUAUGUGUACAAGGACAGGAAUGUAGUUGCUCAGCUUGUGAGGAGAGCUGAAAGAGCUGGAUUCAAGGCUAUUGCUCUCACAGUUGAUACCCCAAGGCUUGGUCGAAGGGAAGCUGACAUCAAAAACAGAUUCACUCUACCACCAUUUUUGACAUUGAAGAAUUUCGAAGGUUUGGACCUUGGCAAGAUGAAUGAAGCAGAUGACUCUGGACUUGCUUCAUAUGUUGCUGGUCAAAUUGAUCGUACUCUGAGCUGGAAGGACAUCAAGUGGCUUCAGACCAUCACCAAAUUGCCAAUUCUAGUGAAGGGUGUGCUCACAGCAGAGGAUGCAAGGCUUUCCAUACAGGCUGGAGCAGCUGGGAUCAUUGUAUCCAACCAUGGUGCUCGUCAACUUGACUAUGUCCCUGCCACAAUCAUGGCCCUGGAAGAGGUCGUGAAAGCUUCUCAAGGACGAGUUCCUGUGUUCUUGGAUGGUGGCGUUAGGCGUGGAACAGAUGUCUUCAAAGCCUUGGCUCUAGGAGCUUCUGGCAUAUUUAUUGGACGACCAGUGGUGUUCUCUUUGGCAGCUGAGGGAGAGGCCGGAGUAAGAAAAGCCCUUCAAAUGCUGCAUGAUGAAUUCGAGCUGACAAUGGCACUAAGUGGUUGCCGUUCACUGAAAGAAAUCACUCGCGAUCACAUUGUCACUGAUUGGGAUCUUCCUCAGCCUCGUAUUGCACCCAGGUUAUAGAAAAACAUGCUUGCAAAUUGGCAGCAGAACAAUAAUUUGGUUACUUUCUAGCUAUAGCCUGCCCUUUUAUUGAAAAACUCAUAUCAGUUUCAAUGUUUCUAAAAGUAUUUUAAGCUUCUGUAAUGAUCAUGAUCAUGGCUACUUCUGCCUUCACUGUAUAUUCUUUCUUUACCAAUUGAUAUAUAUUUUUUCGGGUUGAGGAUAUUGGAUCA